ACAAUUUCUUUGAUCCAAGAUCUUGUUCCAACAUGAACCGAAUGUGGCUUAAUAAUAUGCUCAGUGAAGUUCAGUUUCUCUGUCGAGCGACAGAACUUGAAGCGAGACACACUAUUGACAAGAGACGUAAAUUCUAACCAUGAAACUCUGUCUGAUGUUCUUAUCCGUUGCCUUUCUUGGCGCGAUGGCCGCGAGACUCCCACAGAACGAUCAAAACGGGUCUGGCCAUAAAACAGAUCGUUGGCGCAAACUGAAUUCCGGACCAGUGUGUUUUGGCGCGAGAGAUAACCAGUUUGGCAGGUUUUAUAUUCCGCCUGGUGGUGGCAACGUGGGCGCUCUAAAACUGGUGCACCUGUACGGGUACGUGUCCUGUGACACUCGAUAUAAAAUCCACUGGUCUUACUGGGGCUGUGCUCACCAUGGGGGCAUUAAAGAGAAGAUUUCCGUUGCCAUAACAACCUCGAGUAAUCACAUCAUUCUGCCAGCGAGUCAGCUAGUCCCAGAUUCCAGUCUAUGGACGACAAUUCCUGGGUACGACUCACAAUCUCCAGAGAUUAUCCUGUCGUUUUUCAGCCACCCUCGUCCGAUGACUUCCGGUGAAGAGUUACACUUGUGGUACGGUGAAGAUCUCGCGAGUCACACCGAGGGAGAUAACGGAGGGCGAGUCUGCUGCGAUGUCUACGCUCUCUUCAUCUAAGGGACCCUUGAAAACAAGUUCAUUUUUAUUAUUUCUUGGUUUCAGUAUU